UUCGAAAUGGCCGGAAGAUUAUUUAGCCUAGCUAACGCUAAAGCCAAAGUCAAAGCCAAGGCGAAAGCGAAAGCGAAAGCGCUUUGCCAGCUGAUAGUCUGGACGGCAAUUCUGAAAGAUUCGCUUUUAGCUGACAGCUUGAAUGCUUCACUUCCCUUGCUCUAAGCAUAAGCGGAUUAAAGCGACUCCGCCUCAGCUGCAAGAAAAGAGAGAGAGAGAGAGAAUGAGGAGAAAAGAUCUGAACUACACGAAAUUUUAAUGCCCUUACAAAAAUGGAACUUGGUAAAAUAUAUAUUUCUUUAUCUGUAUCUACAAUCUAUUUAUAUUAGAUAUUACUAAGAUAUUUUUCUUAUAAUUAUCAAAAUACAGUAAGACGACUACUACGAAUUUUUAAGCAAAUUUUAAUCUAAUAUUAAUAAUCUAUUUUCAUCUCUCAUUUAAGUUUUUGAAUAUUUCAAUUCAGAAAUACAUAUCAAAUCUUUUCAAUCUACUUCAAACUUUCAUUCAAGAACAGUCUUCCUUUAAAAAAUAUGCUACUUCUUUUUUGGAAUUAUCAAUGCCUUCUAUGAAAUGUGAGUACCCUCCUCAAGAGGGUAUUAUAAAAUGUUUCGGCAUUAUUCGCACCAGGCUCGCGGAUGGCAGAGCAGCUCGUGCCGUAUAAAGUGGCUGGAUGACAGUGCGAUUAACUUGCUACGCAGUCAAGGAUUACGAUUACCAUGCACCACACAGAAAUUGCCCGGACGCGGCAUCUGGCAGCUGCAGUGCCAGGACAUGCCAGAACGAGCCAGAACGAGCCAGGAUGAGCCAGGACGAGCCAGGACGAGCCGGUGCGAGUUAUUGCAGCCGGACGGACCACUGCAACUCGCGCACUAAGCGACGACAUGGCCAAAAAAAUUAUCAUUCGGCUAUAAAUUGGGGCAAGCACUUGGAGCAGCAGCAGCAACAGCCGCAGGAGCAGCAGGAGCAGGAGCAGCUGAAACAGAUGCAGCAUUAACAGUUUCAGCAGCGAUUAUAGUGGAUUUUAUUACCAACAUAGUCGAUUAUCUUAUAUAGAGUAAAUGCACUCUGAAAGAUUUUUCGGCCUAUUCUGUUGACAGUCUUCCUAUAGAUAAAUAAAAUUAUAUUUUAUCAGGCA